AUGGCAAGCGUAUCGAGUAAUUCUUCUACUUAUGUUCAGUGGAUGUGGAAUGCGAAUGAAAAUCCAUUUUCGACGUCAUAUUCAUCAGAAUGGCAAUCAUAUUCAGACAUAGAAAACAUGAUCAUUGAACAAGCAUUUGUAGUUGGCCAAACUCAUGCUAUUUUAGACGAUUACCAUAUUGAUUUUAAACAUAAUCUUCAAAUCUCCAACAAUGAUAUCAACAAGCAACGACAUGUUAAACGAACGACUCGUAAUGAAGAUGAUAAGCCUUUAAGAAAAGAAAGAUUUAUGUCCAAUCCUAUCGCUCCCAAACGCCCUUAUGGUGGUCUAUAUGGCUUUAUUUCUCCUUUUAUACAGGCAGUUGUAAAAGAUCUAAAUCUUAGCAGAGAUCGAUUGCCCUCGAAAAAUAAAACCAUCGUUUCAUUAAUCGUAGAAAGAGCUGCUAUGGGAAUUGUUGAAGAAGGAAAAAAACUUGGAAAACAACAACCUGAUCUUCACCAAUUAUCAAACAAUUCAAAGCCACUCACUGAAACAAGGGAUAGCAUUCCUGCUGAUAAUGGAGCUGACAUUUUUUUCCGUUUUGUUAAACCUAGUUUAUGGAGUGACACGAAAUUGGCUGCUGAUUUUAUUGCUAAGACGAGCGCUAAUCUUAAUCCUUCUCAUUUUCCUCCUAAUUUUGCUGGCAAUUUCGAUGCUGAUCGUGACGGAUUUGAUGAGGAUUGGGAUAACUAA